AUGGACGCACCAGGGAAUCAGUCUGGCUUCUCUCCUCACGUCUGGAAUCGACUCAAUGACUUGGCUCAACAAUCUGCGCCUCGAGCAAGAGGCGGCCGUCGUCGCGGCCAAGGCCAAGCUAGAUCUACCUGGCCACACCAAGGCCAAGAAGACCAAGAUCGUGCAAACAGUCAACAACAUGCUUCCUCAUUCACUGUUAACCUCGACUCUUUUCCGCCCCUUGGAGCACAGCCACCACCUCAUGGGAGGAGUCAUGCUCCUCAUCCACCAAGAUUCCAGCAUCCGCCGGAGCCCCAACCUCAGCACUUCAACGAUGCGUACCAUGGCACUCCCAGAGAGUAUCAAGAACGUGCAAGAGGGAACUAUCGAGGCCCACGCUCUUUCGGUGCGCAGCAGCGUCGGCCACAACAUCAUUUUCAACCAGAACACCAGCCACAGCUGAUGCACCCUGCCGCAUUUCGCACGAAUGGCCGACCUCAAACCCAACAUCACGGGCAGCUCUACAAUCCUAAUGAUAGCAUGCACCUUAGCACAGCGCAGCAACAGCGCUCCAUGCGACAUUUGGUCAUGAUGCAAUCGGAUUACCUCACCAGCGUCGGCAAAACGGCGUAUGAGGCGCACAAAUUUACGCAAGAGGAGAGAGACGUCAAGGAGAAUUUCCGACGUACUUUGGAGAGCAUUGCGAAACAGGCAUUGGGUGCCGAAUAUCCAGACUUGAGGCAAGACCAGGUCAAAUUGAAGUGCUAUGGCAGUCUUGCCAACGGCUUUGCGCUCGCAGGGUCCGACAUGGAUCUCCUUCUGUCACUAGCCGACUUCCAAGGACCAGAAACAGAAGUCAACCGGAAGCCAGCGAACGAACCCAAGGUAGCAUCGGAGGAUGGGGAGGAGGAAGAGCAGGACUUCAAGACUGACACUGGCCGUAUCUUGGAGAAAGCCUUCCUUGACCACGAAUUUGGGGCCAGGCUUAUCACCCAGACGCGUGUUCCAAUCCUUCGCAUCUGUCAGAAUCCAACCCCAGAGCUGCUGCGGAAUCUGCGGGAAACCCGCGCCGCGUGGGAAAGCUCUCGCGGUGAAACGGGUGUUGUCGAGUCAAACCUACCAACAUCGGACGAUCCCCCAACAGAAGUGGAUUCGGUUGAACAGGCCUUGACCGACCUCAAACUUGGAGAGACUGCACCUGCGAAACAAGACCGGCGUGGCAAUGAGGGUCUAGAGUUCACCGAGGAUUGUGGCAUUCAGUGUGACAUCAACUUCUCCAACUUCGUGGCUCUCCACAAUUCGUCCAUGCUUCGACUCUACCAAAGCUUCGAUCCGCGAGUCAGAGAAGUUGGCGUCUUUGUAAAGAUCUGGGCCAAGACCCGAGACAUCAACACGCCAUAUCGCGGUACUCUAUCAAGCUAUGGCUGGAUUUUGAUGGUUCUUCACUAUCUGAUGAACGUCGCGAGGCCACCUGUCAUUCCCAAUCUACAGCAUCUCGCCAAGAUUGACGACUCAUGGCACCCAGAUAAGCCAAUCGAGUUAUUCGAGGGAUUCGAUGUCCGCUUCGUACAGGAUCCCCAAAGUCUAAAGGAAAUUCGAGAAGAUAUGGCUGCAAACCCAAACAGAGAGUCCACAGGUCAAUUGGUGAGAGGCUUCUUCCAGUACUAUGCAACCUAUCAAGGCUUUCAUUGGACUCGGGAUGUUAUCUCAAUUAGAACAAAAGGCGGUCUCAUAUCCAAGCAAGCCAAAGGGUGGACUGAGGCGAAGUGGCAACAGACACAGAAGAAAUCAGUCCGUCUUCGCUAUCUGGUGGCAAUCGAGGACCCCUUCGAGAUCGAACAUAACGUCGCACGUACUGUGGGGCACCACGGCAUAAUCGCUAUACGAGACGAGUUCCGUCGAGCGUGGUCAAUCAUCAGCACAAUCGGCCCGGAUCAGAAAAUUCCUGCAGAGGAACUUCUCACUCCUGUCACGGAGCGCGUGGACACGUUGAGAAAAGAUUUGGAAGCCCGCAAGGAAAGACAAAUGCAGAUGAGAAAGGAAUUGGAGGCUAAGGAGAAAGCAAUGCUUCGGAAAGGGGAUGAGGAGCUCCCGGAUCCACUUAGAGAUGGUACGUUGGGAAAUUCUGAUCCAGGGAAUCCCGAAACCCAUUCGUUUGGCGAGGGCGAGCGCUGGCCGUCACAGUCGAAGCUGACCUCGACUACCUACUACCAGGACAGGAACACGCAAUUGAAGCCAAACAGUUGGCGCCACAGGAAGGUAUUGGUCGAGAGUGACGACGAAGAAGACCCACCCAAUCAUGCUCCUGAUGAAGCAAAGACGCAGGGGAGUAUUCAUGACACCGCUCCACAGGUACAGACCAAGCCGGAGGAAGUAUUCAUUUCCUUAUCAGAAGUGCCUCUGGCCAGUGGCUAUGACCAUGAAGGGAAUCCUGUUGCCUGGGAUGUUGACACCCAGGAUGGCCGCUGGCUUCACUGGAGAGACCGGAAGGCGAGGCAUGGCAAAUUGAAGCCAAUCUCAAAUCCAAAUCUACGCAAACUAAAUGCAGAGUGCCCCUACGAUCCGAGACGACCAAAUCCGUACAUCGACAAACCAUACCGCACUCACGCUGAAAAGCUCGAAUCCCUGCGACCACCAUGGCCUUCAAGCAAUCGUGAUGGGGGACAUAAGAGCGGGGUCGCACCUGUUCAGCCUCAAUCUGUCGAGGACAGGAUGGCAGUGCCCAGGGCUAAGACAGUUGCUCAGAACCACGGCACGCCAGAUGCCGAUGUGAGAGUGGAAGCGGCUGUAUCUUGUGAGGCAGACACCUCCGAAAAGGACAAGGCCAAAGCCCUAGAAAAUACAGGUGACACUCCAACACAUGGGGCACCAUUGGGCCCAGUAGGGCUAGACAUACCAUGGGACAGAGAUACUUGCGGUGGCCGCUGGCUUCGACGGCGAGAUGCACGCAUACGUGCAGGAAAGUGGGAGCAUCAUCCAGGCUCUCGAUACGCAGAGAUUGACAUUGCGUUUCCUUACAACCCGGAGAUGACAUGGGAAGAGCUAGAGGGGAUGAACCAGCUAUUACGACAAUACUACAAGCGCACUAUUCGCAGUACCAAGGAGCGAAAUCCCUUGUCUCGAUCCGUUGCAACAGCCUCAUCUGAAAUUGCACGCAACGACCGAGCUCCACCAUCUGGGGUCAGCCAGACAGCAGCGUCUGCAGUGCAGAUAGAAACUCAGAUGUUAACUCAGCACACGAUGGCAGAAAACGAUACUCAACGCAGUAGUCGCUCACUUGUCUACUCAAGUUCUGCUGGCGUUGAUCCACUACCGGACCAGUUGCUUUCCCCUGACAGUCACCCUCCCCAUGAUAGCGUUUCCGAAAGAGCGCCAAAACGACCUCCAGAUGAUUCCCGAAGUCCAAACUUGGACUUUCUCCGCACUCAACGAGUGGCCUUCUUUUCAAGGUUCGUGAGUCCACCAACAAAUGAGGCCCACACGAAUAUUCAGCUUGAAUCGAAGCCGGCUAUUGCGAGUGAAGCCCCUACAUUGGUCGACGAACAGUGCCAAACUCCCAUUUCACCCGGCCAAACACCUGCCGAAGAAGUGUGUGUGGUCGGAGACUCUUCUCAUGACUUGGAGGCAAAAGUCUAUUCUGGAAAAGCAGACAAUCAGUCCCUCUAUGCCGGUAACGAGUCUUCGGCGGCAAUGGAAUCGGAAGAGAGCAAAGGUACAGAGUCUUCAUCGCUUGAAGUCCCUGCCACACUAUAUCCGCACCUCGACAGCAGCAUGCGACCAAGGGAUGAAGACCCUAACAUUAUGCCUAUCCCCCGGUACACCGGCUUCCGUUUCGAUCCACGGCAAAUGGAAGAUCUUGCUGUCAUUGCAAGGGGCGGCAAUGGGUGUGCGAGGGCAGGGGCGCAGUUUCACAUCGAAGAGGAAUACGAAUGGGGCGGCGGAGGGAUGAUGGGAUGGAAGACAAGCAGCGGACCGCAGCUUGCUGGAAUGAGUGGCGGUCAUACACCCUACGAGGCUGGCAGAGGAGACGAACAAGGAUUGCUUGAAGAGCUUCCCAGGGACAUGGAUUGA